UCGCUGCGCUGCCACUGCACUCCUGGCGCGUCCGCGGGCCGGUCGGUCGUCUUCCCUCGGCCUCCGAGACCGCCCCCGCACCUCCGAUUGCAUAUACGGUGUCGCGACGGAAAAAACUUAUCUGAACUUUGUUGCGAAAAAUUAAAAUGAGACUUUUAAUUUACUUUAAGUUUCUUUUAAUUUUCAACUUCAGUUUAACUCUGGGCCAAGUUUGUCCGCCAAAAUGCGAGUGCGCUCGAAACGCGGUGCGGUGUCUGCGCCAGGGCCUGACUGUCGUGCCGAAAGUUCCAACAGACAUACACACUCUAGAUCUCCGUUUCAACAAGAUCUACGACGUCGGCGGAGGCGUGUUCUCGCACAUGCACCACCUGCGCUCGCUGCUCCUCAACGACAACCAGCUGCGCGCGCUGCGCUCCGGCGCCUUCCACGGCCUGCGGCGCCUCAAGUACCUCUAUCUCUACAGGAACCGCAUAAAGAAUAUCGACCCUGAUGUCUUUAAGGGCUUGCCGCAUUUGGAACAACUCUACUUGCACGUGAACGAAAUCCACGAGAUACAAGCAGAUACGUUUUCAAACAUGCCCCGGCUGGAACGCUUAUAUAUGCACAACAACCGGCUGGCGCACGUUCCCUUCGGGUCGUUCACUGGCAUGCCGAAGCUGCGCAAACUGCGAUUGGACAGCAACGCGCUGGUGUGCGACUGCAGCGUGCUGUGGCUGGUGCGCAUGAUGCGCGUGCACGCCGGCAUGAACGUGGCUGCCACCUGCUACGGCCCGCCCCACCGGCUCGGCACCUCGCUCGCGAGCCUCAGGGAAUAUGACAUGCAUUGCAAGCAACCCGAAAUACACGAAGGGCCCGAAGACGUAGUAGUGGAAUUUGGCAAGGAUGCUAUAUUUAGUUGUACCGCCGCUGGGGACCCAAGGCCCGAAAUAGUUUGGUUUCGCGACUCCGUGGCCCUCCCUCUAGACGCGACCCGAUACGAAGUACAGUCCAACGGCAGCCUUAUGAUACACAACGUGGAUGAGACGGACGUCGGAGUCUUCGAGUGCAUGGCUAAAAAUCCCUCUGGAGAAGCGCGUUCAAGACCCGCGAGGAUGAUGAUGAUGAUACACGACGAGCCUAGAGAAAAUGAGAUUCCCGUUUUCAAGAUCAGGCCUAAAAGUCAAGUGGUCAAAAAAAGAAACAUUCGAGUUAGGUUCGAUUGCGUAGCUAAAGGAAAUCCACCGCCUCAUAUCGCCUGGUACUUCAAAGGCACUAGGCUUCUACUUGACCCUCGAACGGAUUUAAAGCUGAACGGCUCGAUUUUCAUCGAUGACGUGCAGUACGUCGACGCCGGGGAAUAUACAUGUGUAGCGGAAAAUAUACUUGGCAAAGUUAAUGCAUCAGCUGAACUUAAAGUAUUAGUUCCCCCUUCAUUUAGAGAUGUGCCAAAAGACAUAACAGCUUCCGAAGGUGAUAAGGUUGAAUUCACUUGUUCGGCUCGAGGAUCUCCAAAACCUGUCAUAAGCUGGUUUAUGAACACCAUGGCUCUACCAACAAGCGAUAACUAUGUCUUUACGAAUGAAAAUGAAAAGUUUACCAUUCUGGAAGUGACAAAAGAUGACGCCGGGAUUUAUCAUUGCAGAGCGGAAAAUUCCGAGGGCAUUACAGAAAUUUCCGCAGUACUGAAUGUAGAAGAAUUUAAAGUAAUACCGCCUCGCAUAGUUCUUAAACCGGUUGACACCGAUGCUUACAAAGGAACAUCAGUUCAGUUACCGUGCGAAGUUGAAAGUGACCCUCCUGCCUCCGUGGAAUGGACUAAAGACGGGACCUCAAUAUUGUUAGAGGACAGAAUUUUGAUAACUUUGAUCGGCAGUUUAAUUAUAAAUAAUUUAACCCUAAUCGACACCGGCCGGUAUGAAUGCUUGGCAUUUAAUGAAAACGGUAAGGAUACAGCAUCUCUGUUUCUAUCCGUGAAAGAUCACACACUUCCAGGAGAGCAAUAUGUAAACAUAGCAUUGACUGAAGCGACAAGAGACAUAGAUCAGGCUAUCGCUAGAACAGUUAAAGAAAUAUUUCAAAACACCUCAACAAAAAAAGAUGUCCACGAACUUUUUAGGAUAGCUCACUUCCCAAACGCACCGGCACGAGAACUAGCUCGUGCAGCUGAAAUUUAUGAACGUACCUUAGACAAAGUACGAGAUUUUAUUCAAGGUGGCUUAAAUGUAACUUCGGUACAACCAUUUAAUUAUAAUGAUGUUCUUGGUCAGCAAAAUUUGGAUUUAAUUGCACGGCUAUCGGGCUGCACGGCACACCGGGAAAGUAAAGAUUGUUCUGAUAUGUGCUAUCACAACAAAUACCGCAGUAUCGACGGCAGUUGCAAUAAUUUUGCCCAUCCUAUGUGGGGCUCAUCUUUGACAGGUUUUCGGCGAAUACUUUUUCCUAUAUAUGAGAAUGGUUUCAGUCAGCCAGUGGGUUGGAACAAAGGGGUGAAAUAUAACGGAUUUGAACUACCAAGUGCUCGGUCUGUAUCUACCUCUAUCAUAACUACAACAGAGAUAUCUCAGGACAUCGAGAUUUCGCAUAUGGCUAUGCAAUGGGGCCAGUGGCUGGACCACGACUUGGAUCAUGCGCUACCAUCUGUAAGUUCACAAACAUGGGACGGUGUAGACUGUAAAAAAACAUGUGACUAUGCAGCUCCAUGUUUUCCUAUUGAUGUUCCAAAUAAUGAUCCACGCAUCACUAAUCGCCGGUGCAUUGACUUUAUUAGAACUAGUUCGGUAUGUGGAUCGGGAAUGACGUCCGUCUUAUUUGGGAGCCUGCAGCCGAGAGAACAAAUUAAUCAACUUACUUCAUUUAUCGAUGCUUCACAAGUAUACGGGUUCGAAAGUGCUGUUGCUACUGACCUACGAGAUUUGACUAAUGAGAAUGGAUUAUUGCGUGUUGGUGUUACAUUCCCCGGAAGAAAGCCACUAUUGCCUACCACAGGCAUAAACGGCAUGGACUGCAGGCUGAACCUUGCAGAAAGCGACCGCGCUUGCUUCGUUGCAGGUGACAUCAGAGCCAAUGAACAAAUUGGUUUGGCGGCUAUGCAUACUAUCUGGAUGCGGGAACACAAUCGUCUCGCCCUGCAGUUGAAAUCUUUGAACUCAUUUUGGGACGGAGACAAGGUGUACCAGGAAGCAAGGAAAAUAGUUGGAGCCGAAAUACAAAUGAUAACUUACACACACUGGUUACCGGUAGUUCUUGGUAAGGAAGGUUACAAAAAGUUAGGAGAUUAUAAAGGGUAUAAUAGCAACUUGAACCCUUCAAUAUCAAACGUGUUUGCUACAGCGGCGCUAAGAUUUGGUCAUUCCAUGAUUAAUCCAAUAUUGCAUCGUUACGAUGAAGACUUCGAGCCUAUUCCUCAAGGACAUUUGCUGCUGAGAAAUGCAUUCUUUGCUCCCUGGAGACUUGUCGACGAAGGCGGAGUAGAUCCCUUGCUCCGAGGUAUGUUCACAACACCGGCUAAAUUGAAAACUUCUACUCAAAAUCUGAAUUCGGAACUAACAGAGAAGCUCUUUUAUUCCGCCCACGCAGUUGCCCUAGACCUUGCUGCUAUUAAUAUUCAAAGAGGACGCGAUCACGCUAUUCCUCCGUACACGAAAUGGAGACAAGUUUGCGACAUGACAGAAGUAAAAGAUUUUGACGAUUUGUCCAAUGAAAUAUCUGAUCCAAAUAUACGAGACAAACUUAAGGAACUUUAUGGAUCUGUUCACAACAUCGAUGUCUGGGUAGGAGGAAUUUUAGAAGAUCAGGUGGACGGAGGUAAAGUUGGCCCACUAUUUAGCUGCCUUCUAAUGGAGCAAUUUAGGCGUUUGCGAGACGGAGAUCGAUUAUGGUAUGAGAAUUCAAAUGUAUUUAAACCUGAACAAUUAGAUCAGAUAAAAAAAACAAGUCUAGCUCGAGUGUUGUGCGAUAAUGGUGACAAUAUUGAUACGAUUGGUGAAAACGUAUUUUUGAUUCCUGAAGUACAAGAUGGAAUGGUAUCCUGCGAUGACCUGCCUUCAAUAGAUAUUCGAUUUUGGGCGGAUUGCGAAUCGUGUGGAGAUUACAGAGAAAGUAAUACCUUGUCGCGCUCACGUAGGGCUACGGUGAACGAGACAUUCCACGAUGAGCGUAUAUUUGAUUUAGAACAAGCAAAUGAAGAUUUAAAAGAAACUGUUGCCGCUCUUUUGACCAGGAUUGAACAGCUCGAGGAUAUUGUACAGGAAAAUAAAAUCGGUGACAAUUAAUGCCUAAUAAGGCUCGCCGAAAGAACAUAGACAAUUAAAAUGUAUCUAUCUACAUAUGAAAAAUAAAAAUCAAGUUAACGAACGUGACCGAUAAAACUAGUAAAUUAAACACGCCCAAAAGCAAAUUUUUGGUCAUUACCUCCUAUAAGUUUAUGGUGAGCCACAAGAGCAAACAAAGGCUAGGAUUGACACAGUGCAGUCUUUUAACAUUGCCUGUUUUUUGACCUUUGCUAUCAUGUUAGUUAGGUACUUACUUACAUACAAAGCUUUUCUAGCCAAAUUACUUUUAUCGGUCACGUUCUUGUCAUACCUACUUGUAAACAUUGUAAAAAAAAUAAUCAUUACAUAGUCCACAUUUUAAAAUGAUAAACGUUAAUAAAAAUCCUUCGAAGUUACUAAAAUAAAUAAAUAAACCAACCCUAGGAGUAUGGGUUUACCUUGAAGCUUUAUAACAGCGGUAAUAUGCUAUCCUACGGCUUACGUUUGCCGAGGAUUUUGAUACUGAGGUACUUGAAUAAGAUUUAUUUUGCAGUCAUAUAAUUUGCCUUUUAAUACAACUCACAUAGAUUUUGAUUACCGAUUUUAUUUACCUGUUACUAGUAAUAUUAUACCUAACGGUUUUGUAAUUAAUAAUUUUACCAUUAUGUUGUAACAGUUGUUAAUUCUAGACUCCGUCUACGUCAAGUCGCAGCUAUGUGGCAGCGACUUGUGGCAGCGCCUCCUCGAACGUCAUAUUUAUUAUGGUCAGCGCGUUGUCGCUGCUAAUUAGUUGCAGAAAGUUUUCAUUGUCCAGUGCACAUCAAAUACGACGCUUCUAUACGGGAUAGCGUGGUCGGAGUCUAGACGGAGUUUGUUUUAUUUUUAUGUAUUUAAAAUUGCAAUACGCUGUGUCUUAAGUUGCUUUCCAUGUUAGCGGGUAAGUAAUCUAGUCUUUAUCUGUAAUAGUGUUUAAGAUUAACCUUACAAUAACUUACGUAUGUGCUAAUAUUUACAGGUUGUUUUAUAAAUCUAAUACUUAUAUUAAGAUCUAAGUGUUUGUUUCGUGGUCUUGAUAAUAUUUGAGGAUUUUAUCAUUGGGUACCUAAGUAUUUAUUCAUUAAAAAGGUCUAAAAUUGCUACCCUUACAAACAUUCAUGUUUAUUAUAUUCUUAGGUACGUCCGUCCUACGUCCACCGCACUAAGUCCAAAAUUCAUAAAUUUUACCUAUAUGACUGUUUGUUCUUACGAGUUUAUAUGAUAAGAAAUUAUAAAUUUGUCAUUACAUCAUUAUUCAUUAGUAUCAUUACAUUAUACUCGUAUGUAUUGCAUGUACAACCAUUUAGCUAGAAUAAGAAUUAGGUAAGGUCAAUGCGGCCAAAUUCGUCUACGGGAAAUUCUGGAAGUAGGUGAAAGUUUAUUUCUAACAAGAGUACAUUCAAGUAGACUAUUGUUAAAUUCAUCAAUAAGUAGCACUGCUUUUAGUUCCGGCAGUCAAAAUCAGACAGUACGCUGACACUAAAAAAAUAUAACAAUAUUUUGCCUGUUAUUUCCCGAAAAAUAUCUGUUCUCAUUUAGAUACUCGUACAAACGAACUUAACUGACUAUUAUGUUAGACAAAUGCUGAUGGUGAUGAAUAAUAGGAUAGAGCACUAAAAUGUUUCAAUAAUUGUACUGUAGUUGUGUAAAAUCCUAAUACCAACACAUCCAUGUUUCUCGUAAUGUCACUAAUGUCUCUUGACUUUAAUUAGUGUUUAGUAAAUGUUAUUGAUGUGCUUCCUUCAAUCGUAGUUGUAAUAUUAUACAUUUAAUAAAUCUAAUUGUUGUGAUAGGUAUUGUAUUACAUGUUACUUGUCUAUGGCAAAAUGUUAGCAGAAAUGCGGCAAAAAUAAUAGCACCCACUAAAAUAUUACACUGCCUUCUCUACUUUAAUACUAUUACUUAUAUACGUAUCAGUCUAUUUGUUAAGAAAUAAUUAAUGUACAAUUUUGUUUAUUCUCAAAAUUGGAUAAAUCAAUUGUCGAAUACUUAUAAAAUGUGGAAUGACAUCUAAUUGACUUGAUUUUUUUUAAUUAGUUAGGUACAAUGUUCAGGUCUUAAAAACUGCAAGGAUAUCAAAUGAAUGCAUUAUUCCCAUCAAACAAUGUACCUAGUAGUAUUGAAUAGGGUAGGUACGUUAAAUAACGUGGGUAAGUACAUUUUAUUUUGAAUUAAGUACGCCUAAUUCCAGUUUACUAGGUUGUACAUUUCGGGAGGCAAGUGUGAGCGCAUCUAAUGAAUUAUAUUUUUGUGAUGAAAUUAAUGAAUUGUAUUAGAACCUAUUCUAGAAUUUAAUAAUGUUAUAUCAUAAAAUAACAUUUAUUGGAAUUUGUAUUAGGAUGGAAAUAUUAGGGUUAUUCCCAUCCGUUGCCAUCAAAGUUACUCCUUAAAACCGGUAACAGUUCGAUUUUUUUUCUCUACCACCGGCAGUAACAGAGACAAAAUAAUCCCGUACAAGGAAAUAUAAUUCUCAGUAAUUAUCACAUAAUUAUAUAUUUUUAUGUUAUUAGUGUUAUUACCUUUAUUAAGGAGUGUUUUUUUAUGUUAUUAUUUAAGUAUUAGACUUGUACAUUAACACUUUCAGUGCCAAGCGCCCCAUUUCCAAUACACAAUGAACACACCUAGCGUAUGCAGUGGCAGUGAACGUGUUAAAUUUAUUUAGGGGGGAGUUACUGGCAAUUAAAUGUCCCAUCUUUUUCGUAUGAUAAGUAUUGAGGUAACAAUCUUGGCUGUUGUCAGUGGGUACAACUUGGCGGUUACAUAUGGGAAUAACGCAAAUAUUGUAGUGCGAUGAGGAGGGUGAUAAUUUAAUGCAUUGGUUUAAAGCAAUGCCUGUCCAGUGUUAUGAGACUACCAACAACUGAAGGGAUCAAUAUCGUAGAGUAGGAUUUACAAAAUAUCAAUCAUAAUUAAAUUUUAAGGUUUGAAACCCUAGCAUUAGGUCCUACCUACUUAAAAUGUAUUUAUGUUUUGUUAGUGAUUUACACUAAGAAGCCCUUUACACUCCUAUUUCAUUUUACACAAUUAUUAAUGCUAUGAAAAAUUACUAUUAAAAUUUUAGAUGACUAAGUAUGUGGGUACAUUUAUGCCUACCAUAAGUAUUUAAUACAUUUGAAUCCACUGUAAGAAUGACAAUAAAUCCAUUACAUUUCGGUGUUACCCUAAAGACCAUAUCAUAUAAAAAUGUUUUGUAUGGGACGAUGUGGUCGUAGUGGUACUUAGUACGUUGCUUCUGGAAAAAAAUAUAUGGAAA